GUGCCAUCUCUAGCCUAUUUCAGCAUUCUUGCGAUUUGUUUGCAAUAUCAAUUGCAUUUUAUAAUGUCUGCAGGAGUUCAAGAGCGCCUGCAACUGAGCCGGACUCCGCUGGACACCUGGUCGAAGCGCGAGCAGCUCAUCCUGGCGUCGGCGGUGUCCUGCAGCGGCGACCAGAACUGGAUCUCGGUGAGUCGCACGCUGAGGGCAAUUUGCGGCAAUGGAAACGGCGGCGGCGGUCCCAGCAGCAACAACAACAGCAGCAGCAAUCGACCGGCGGAUUGGUUUUCCCAGAAGAACUGUGCCGUCCAGUACGGCCAUCUCCUGGAGAGCGUGGAGGCCACCAAGCGCAAGAAACGCAGCAGUGAGAGCAGCGCCGGAGUGUCCUCGCCGGCCACCGUGGAAACCCCCACAGAAUUGCUGCUCCGCCGGCUGACGGAGGAGCGUCAGGCGGAGAUCAAGGCGCAGAUGCGCCACGAUCAGGAGACCUACCGACGCAUCCAGCGCGAGAUCGAUUCCCUGCAAUCGGAUGCAGUCACAGAGCAGGAGCUGAAGGACAUGUGGCUGGAGAUCGAGAAGGAGCAGGAGACGCGGCGCAUCGAGGAGAUGAAGAUGGAGAACCGCAUGCGAGAGCGGGAGCAGCGCAAGAAGGACCUGGCGGGCAACUGGCGGAACAGCAGUCCCGCUGCAAGGCGAUCCAACCAAGCCACAGACACCACAUCCGUGGACAUGGACGUGGAGGAUAUCAGUGGCAGUGGCAGUGGCAGUGGCAAUGGCAAUGGCAACAAGCAGCAGGCUGCCGCUCCUUCGCCUCUUCUCACAUCCCUGCUGAAAUCCCCCACAGGCAAUGCUCCUGUCACACCAAUUAGUGGCGGCGGAGGAGCAGCUGCAUCAGCAACUGGCAGCGUGGCCAGGGCCACGGCACCCACCAUUACAUCGUUGCUGACCAGCGGCCCCAGUUCGACCGUUUCAAAUCAGCCAGUCAUCACCAUGAAGAGUCCCACGGACGCUGCCUUCAUGUCGCGACCCAUUAGUGGCCCUCCAGCCAGUGAGGCACUUGCGCCGAAUACGCCCGCGCUGGAACGUCCGUCGCAGGCGGCACCUACGCUCUCCAUGCUGCUGGAGAAGAACAAGGCAGCUGCCAGGGCCAACGAAGGUGGAAGCUUAAUAAAAACCGAGGGUGCGGAAGGCCAGGAGCAGACAGUUGUAAAUGACACCACUUCGGCGGCCACUGGAACAGCGGAUUCCGAUGAGGCGGAUGCCAACGACGAUCAGUUGCUGGAGGUAUUCCCAAACAUUGACGAAAUAAUCGAUGACAUCGACAUAGAUAUGGCCAGUGUCAUCGAUGAUGAGAUCCUGAAAGAUGUGGACGAUGUGGUGGCCUCGCCUUCGAACGACAAAGCCGAAGUCAUUGACUUCGAGGACAAGUUGGAUGCACUGAAGCGGGAGCAGAGUAAGAGUUCGCCGGCCAGCGAUAAACCGAAGUCUGUGGAAUUGGUGAUUGGUUCCAGUGACGACUCAAAUGACAACAUUCCGCUGGCUGCUGUGGCCUCACAGGAGAGCAAAGAUCGCGGCCAAUCGGGAGGUGAAUCUACUCGGGGCACAGAUGAUGUCGAGUCGGAACCUUUGGCCAGCGAGGUGGCCGUCGAAGAGAUUGGUGAGACCAUAACCAUCAUAAGCACUUCCAGUGAAGACACUGCUGGAUCGCCACCUACCAAAGUUGAUGAGGAAUUGGCCAUAGAUUCUCUUGCAAAGAAGGAGGAAGCCAAGGAGGAGCAAUCCGAACAAGACAUAAACGCGGAAAGCAAGGAAAAGGCUGGAGAUGGAGCACUAGAACCGAAAGCUAUGGACCAGCAAGCCACAGCAGAAGCACAAAGCAAAGCCAACAAGGAGAAUGCUGAGAAACCUUUCACCAGCGAGGAGAAGGUUGCCACUCCCUCAACACCUGUAUCCGCUCCUGUGCCCGGAUCCCUACACGAUACGGAUGAGGAGUCUUCUUCGUUAACAGACAGCGGCAGGCAGGAGGAACAAUCGAGGAGUGCAAAAGCUAAGCAGACAACAGCGAAGUCGGCUCCAGAUGACUCCAAGUCGGAGCUGGAGUUGAGUGGAACACCUCAACCUCCAACAGCGCCAGCUCGCACUCCACUGCUACGCAAGCUUCCACAUCGAGAUCGGUCGGAAAGUCCAAUGGUGGAUGACGAUGCCACUACGGCCAGCGAUCAUUCCACAGCUAGAUCCACUCGUCGCCGAUGCUCCUCCACGCCCGUAAUCGACAGCAUACCCAACUCACCCGCCUCCAGCGAACACACGGAUGAUCGGCGAGAAACGCGAGCCGCCUCCAAGAAGCUCUUUCUGUCCAUUUAUGCCAUGUUGCAGGAUAGCAAGCAUGCAGCACCCUUUAAGCGUCCCUUUCACGACGAGCACGCCCAGCGGCACGCGGAUCUUUGCCUGCGUCCCAUGGAUUUCCCCACCAUCAAGCGAAACAUCGACUCCGGAUUUAUUCGCAGCUUAAGCGAGCUGCACAGGGAUGUCCUGCUAAUGGCGCACAAUGUUCUGGUGGCCUACAAACCCCACACAAAUCAGCACAAGACGGCGCGUUUAUUCGUGCAGGACUGUCAGGCUAUCAAGGAGUUCUCACAAAUCCCAGACACGCAGGUUGUAGGAAUCACAGCCACGCCGACGAGCAAUGCCGGAAGCUCCCGAGCGGAGAAAUCAAGCGGAAGCAAGGCUAGAAGUGGUUCGCGAAAGAGCCAGAGGCAUCACUAGACUUAGGUUCAAGUAACUUGAUAAUCUUUAAGGUUACAAGACUCCUCUAACCGCAGCACAAUUUAUAAGUAUUUGUAUAUUUAAUCGACUUAUUCGAGGUUUUUCUACUAGCGAAAACAUUUCAUUUAGGUACUUUAACUAACUAACUGUAACUAACUCACAAACUAUCAUCAACAAUAAACAUCAAUCGAAGAAUA